AUGAAGCUUGCUUUACUCCUCGUCUUCGCUUUAAUAGGACAUGCAAGCGCUUGUUUUGGUGGUGGAUGUGGAGGUCAGACACAAUGUUGUUGCUUAAAAUUGCCACCAAUUUGUUUACCAAUACUAAAUCUAGGUGGUUGCUGUGGUGGUUGCUGUUGUCAAGGUCAAGGAGGUGGUAUUGGUGGCGGGUAUGCAUUACCUCCAAGUGGAAAAUACGGUAUACCAGGUGGUGGCUAUUUGGCAGGUGGUGGCUAUCCAGUUGGAUAA